GCUAGGAAAGGAAGAUACCAAAACCUCUCCACCAAUUAGAGAUAAAGAACCCAAUUUUUUUUGUGCAGUUCCCUACCUGACUAAGCUUUGCCAACCCCCAAACUCCUCCUUCUCAAGUAGUCUCAUCCCUCACACCAAACAUAAAACUCCCAAACAACCCCUCAUGGGUUGAUUUUUGAAUUUUAUUCAUUGAUCAAUCUCCAUGCCGCCCCACCGCGAUCGCGACCAUGACCACGACGACGAUCACGUGGCUGAGCACCACCACCACCACCACCACAGACCCAUCAGAAGAAAAUUGGUGAACACUCACCACAGCGGCAAAACACACCCUCUUAUCUGGCUAGCGGCCAUUCUCUGCACCAUCAUAGCCAUAGGCGUUGUAAUAGCCGGCAUAGUUGUUUUCGUGGGUUACAUGGUGAUCCACCCUAGAAUCCCUGUGAUCAGUAUCACCAAUGCCCACCUCGAUCUUCUCAGCAACGACUACACGGGCCUCCUCCAGACGCAGCUCACCAUCAUCGUCGUGGCGCAGAACGGCAACGCCAAGGCCCAUGCAACGUUCUCCGACAUAAGGUUCAACCUAAGCUACCAGGGACAAGGAAUUGCUGUUAUGCUCGCUCCGCCAUUCGAUGUGGCCAAGAACAGCUCCAAGCCACUCAACUACGUUGUUCGGUCUGCUUCCAUUCCGUUAACUCCUGAGCAGAUGGAAGAAGUGGAUGAGUCGUGGAAGCGUGACGUUAUAGGGUUUGACUUGAAGGGAAGCGCGAGGACACGGUGGAGGGUUGGGCCGUUAGGUUCUGUUAAGUUCUGGUGCAAUUUGGAGUGUCAGCUCAGGUUUCGUCCUUCUAAUGGGAGUUACAUUCAUCACUCACGCUGCACCUCUGAGUCUAAAUAAAUAAUCUUACCCGUUAAAUUAUAAGAAAAUAAAUGUUCAAGAUGAGGAGUAACUUUAAGAGUUAUUCAUGGAGUAAUUUGAUCCCUCCUCUAAUUAUUUUCUCCCAUUUUGUCAUGUGAACACAAAAGAAAAAAAAAAUUGGACAAAACUUUCUAUACCUUCUUCAUAUUCAACUUCUAUACCUUAGUUUUUUUCUUCCUUCCCCCCAACAUAGAUUUUUACGGUGAUUAAUAAAAUUGAGUAUCUUUUAGAUUCUUUUGCUUUUGCAGGAGAGAUAUAUUUUUCAAUCCUGCUAUAGCGAUGUGACUCUGCAUUGGACGCUCUUUUUAGGAAGCUUAUGGCUUUAAUGGUAGUGAAUAAUUUAUAAUGUUCUUCAUAUCUUUGUAUUGAACAAGUUAUCAAUUUAGUUAUUCACCGGAACAAGACAAAAAAA